GCCAUACGUAACUAAACUGGGGACGACGAAACAUUGAACUUAGUGUGGUUUUGGAGUUGCGCUGACAUUUCAAUAACAUUUAUAUCAGAACAAGGAACUCUCAAAGGCUGAACACAAUUCUUGCAAGACAUCAGCACUGUUCAGAUAUCAGUUAAAUCGUAGCGCACGCACAACAAGCAGGGUAAAAGCAUCAACACCUUUACUGAACUCAGGGCAUGAUGUAUAACGGUCACAAGCCUACAAACAACAAGAUGGGGUCCGGUAAAUGCAAUCGCAUCCAUUCAAAACAAGUAUCUUUAAUUUGUAUAGUAGCAACCGUCAUCCUAACGCUUGUGUUCCUAGUUCUGAUAAUAACCUUAGCUGUAACAAGAACAUCUUUAAAACAUCAAGAAAGCUUCACAUGCUUUCCUUGCGACGAAAUGAAGUCCAAUGCUGACAUAAACCUAGGCCCAGAAGCUGCUGAUCGUUCUACUAUCAAACGAAGGGACGAUGGGAUGUGUUGUGGACCUGUUGAAAGCAUUAUUCAGAUAAUAUUUCAAAUGGAAAUGGCAGCUCAGUAUCACUACAGCAGUUCUGGUCAAAGUCUCAUUGACAUAGCGGACGAGUAUGCUGGCUGUGAGAGAGUUACAAACGACAAACAGCCCAUUGCUAAAGCAGUUGGAAUUGUGGAGUUCAAACCUAGCGACAUUGUAAAUGGUCAUCACAAGGUCCUGUGGAACAAAAACGGUCGAACCUUUUACACAAAACACUGCGUCCACUUAGAGCUCGAAGGUGAAAUAUUUGUCCGGCAGCCUGGCUACUACAUCGUUUCGUCGCAGCUAAAUCUCCGGCGACGAAAAGAGACCAGUCCACCGAUUAAUGAAACAAGACCAACGACUUUCAUUCAUCAUGUUGAUAUCCUUUCCCACAAAUUUGGAACGACUGGUGUCCUAAUGCAAACCGAAAAAUCAAUUGAAAGAAAUGGUGGUUAUUUUACAAGCUUCCUGUCAGCGGUUUUUAAGCUGAACAAAUAUGACAGGCUCUCUGUAUCUGUAUCCCAUCCUGCAUUGUUAGACAUUGACAAUUACAAUGAUCAUUUCCUGGUUUAUUACAAUUAUGAUCUGCCAUACUGAAAUAAUAUUCAAUUACGUUUGAUUUCAACAUUGGCAUUGAUUAGCAGUGUCUAUUUUUUUAUUUAAGCUGCAACCUAACGUUCCAAUAAUAAUAACAUUAAUAAUUAUAAUAGCAAUAGUAAUAAAGCAAGUAUGUACGA